AAAAAUUCACUCUCUUUAUCACGAAAAAAAAAAAUCGAGAGCAAGACGAAAAAGACGAAGAGGAAGGAGAUCUUAGGGACUUUGGUAUGAAUGGGUUUUCUGUGAUCGGACACAGAGGAAAUGGUAUGAAUGUGUUGCAAUCUUCUGAUCGGAGAACCAGAGGGUUAUAAAGAAAACUCUAUCCUCUCUUUCAAUUCCGCAGCCAAGUUUCCGAUCGAUUUCAUUGAGUUCGACGUUCAGGGUGUUGUUAAUGAGAGUAGAGUGACUGACUUGAGCCUUUCUGAGUUUCUCCUCUAUGGACCUCAGAACGAAGCAGGAAGCAAGAGGAGAUAGCCAACUGCGUUGAGCACUGCAGUGUUCCCGUUGUCAAAAUACCUGGCUUUGGAUCGGUCUGAUUGCUCUGCAGCUGUCUGGUCAAGAACGGGAAGCUUGACAGUUGCAUCAAGUUGUUUGACCAGAUGAAGCGCGAUGGUUUCAUCAAGGUGAAAAAUGGGUUCCCUAAGACUAUGGAACUCGUUGGAGAGCUGCCACAUGGUGGAUGCUGUUUCAAUUGUGGGGGAGUACCUGAAGGCAGAGCCUUGGUUGAAGCUUCUCUAUGAUCAUCUUGGUCUGGAGUUUGUUGACCCAACGAUAAAAGAAACCAAUACAGAGAAUCUUCCAAAUGCAAAUGAGAAUAUGAUGGAAUGCUCAAAUUCAUUACAGUAACAGUAGCAAUCAAGGUUUAGCAUCCUCAGAAUCCUUCCUGUCUGUUGGCAUCUCUGUAAAUGGGCUGCUUCCACUCAAAGGUAGCAAGAGAAUCCCGUGGACACGAAGACCCUGUCAAGCUUUCCUCCGAGACUGCCUUGUGGCUUGUUUUGUCUCUUUUUCCAGUUAGUGUGAGUGAGGUUGAAGCAUUGUUUGAGCUGUUCAAGAGCAUAAGCAGUUCCGUUGUUGAUGAUGGUUUGAUAAACAAGGAAGAGUUUCAACUUGCCUUGUUCAAGAACCCCAAGAAGGAGAAUCUAUUUGCUAACAGGAUAUUUGAUAUGUUUGAUGUAAAACGAAAAGGAGUGAUUGAUUUCGGAGACUUUGUCAGAUCACUCAAUGUUUUCCAUCCCAAUGCUUCUUUAGAAGACAAAAUCGAUUUUACGUUUAGGCUUUAUGACAUGGACUGUACGGGUUUCAUUGAACGACAAGAGGUUAAGCAAAUGUUGAUCGCCCUUCUGUGUGAAUCUGAAAUGAAAUUGGCUGAUGAAACCAUAGAGAUAAUACUAGAUAAGACAUUUGAAGAUGCAGACGUGAAUCAGGAUGGAAAGAUUGAUAAACUAGAGUGGAGCGAUUUCGUGAACAAGAACCCAUCACUACUUAAGAUCAUGACACUCCCAUAUCUCAGGGAUAUAACGACAACGUUUCCAAGCUUUGUCUUUAACUCGGAGGUGGAUGAGAUUGCCACUUGAAGAAACAAAAACCGUUU